GGAUCCGCGCCGUCUACCAUGUGUGGGGUAUCCUCCGGCUACCUGGGCACUCGUCGGUGGCAUUCACAGAUUAGCUACUUAAAUUUCCGAAUCGCAGAGAAUUUUACAGUCUGGCUCGCUCUCCACUUCUCAGAGUCCCAUUCGCAGCUUUGAUCAUCAUCCCCUUAACGCGUGUUUCGUGGACGUUUAAACUCAAUACAAGAUAACCAUGCGAACUUCAACUGCUACACCAGCCCUGUGGCUCACUUUCGCCAGUAGUCUCAGCUCUGCCAUUCCCAGCUAUGGCGCUCAUACCGUGCAAUUUCAACACUGGCCCGCCGAAGCCGCCGCCACACUCAGCACCAUGAUCACCAAGAACGCCAACCAGAGCAACUAUGCAGUCUUCGACAUGGACCAGACAAGUUACCGCUACGACCUUGAAGAGUCGCUCCUACCGUUCCUAGAAAACCGGGGGAUUCUAACGCGCGAUAAUCUGGAUCCGAGCCUCAAGUUGAUAGACUUCAAGGAUACGGCGAACUUCACCGAGACGCUGUAUAGCUACUAUAAUCGUCUCUGUAAGGUAGAUGAUUUCGUUUGCUACCCAUGGAUUGCGCAAGUCUGGUCCGGCCUCACGCUUCGCGAACUAAAACGCUACGUGGACGAGCUUCUGGCCCACAACGGGACGAUUCCAACGCAAUCUUGGGACGGGGAUAAAAUCGUCCAAGGCAGUGCUACCCCACCGAAGAUCUACCCGGGGCAAGUUGAACUCUACAAUGCGCUCAUGAACAACGGAAUCGCCGUGUACGUGAUCAGCGCCGCACACGAAGAGCUCGUGCGUUUCGUGGCCAGUGACCCAAAAUACGGAUACAACGUCCCACCGCAGAACGUAAUUGGCGUGACCACAAUGCUGAAGAAUGCAACCUCUGGCGCACUCACCAACGCGCGCAAACAAAUCGUAGAAGGCGAAUACGACGAGGCAGCCAAUCUCGAUCUGAUCGUAACACCCUACCUUUGGACUCCAGCAACCUGGUUUGCAGGCAAGUGGGCCGCUAUCCUGACGUACAUUGAUCAAUGGAAGCGUCCAGUGUUGGCUGCAGGAGACACGCCGGGCAGCGAUUCGUAUAUGCUUUUCCAUGGCGUGGACACCGAGAAGGGAGGAGUGCACUUGUGGAUCAAUCGGAAAGACGCGUAUCUUAAGGAUAUAAAGGAGGAGAUUGAAGUGAACGUUAAAGGGCAAAAAGAGAAUGGGAGGGAGAUUACUGCGGAUAAAAACUGGGUGUUUGUGAAGCCGGAGGACAUUCAGUAAGACCAGUUGAACUCUGUUGAACGUUUGAGCUAGAUUCCCAGUAUAUAGUUAUUAAGUCUAUUCUGUUCUAACGAAAUGUAGACCUAGGAGUAUUUAGGACCACGCUGUCUAGUCAGUCAAUCGAUGCGAACCUCCUCGAAACUCGGAU